AUGAUUAUAGUACGAAGAACUAUACCAUUGACAUAUAAGAGUCCGUAUUCAUGUCUGCGACCGAAACAAUUAAUUUCAAUACGGUUUAAAACAACCACUAAAGUGUUGCCAAACUCACCUCAAUCGAAAAAUGAUGUAUCAAAUCCUAAUGUAAGGUGGUUUUAUGCCUCCGACGUACCAAUUUCAAAGCCAGAUUGGUUUCACUACAAACAAACAAAACAACCAGAAUCUUUUAUUCCAUUUUCAGAAUAUGAUUCAAAUAAUCUAGAAAGAGAAUUUAAAAAUAAAGAUAAACUGAACAGUAAACCAAUUGAAGUAAAUGAAGAUAAGUUAUUUGAAGUAGAUGUUAAUGAAUUUCAAUUAGCUCCUGUUUAUUGGGAUGGACCAAUUUAUGAAGUCAGAAGAGGAGUUUGGUUUGAUUCUGAUGGUAAACCACUAAAUGGUGAACUAACUAAAGAGUUGGAAAUUGGAUUCAAAAAAGUGAAACCAUAUUCAUUUGAUUCCGACUUUAACGAAAGUAAUGCAAAAUUAAAUAAAAAUAAAAUAUCAGAAUUUAAUAAAUCUCAAAUUGAAGGGAACGAAGAUGAAGAAGAACAUGAAAUAGACGUUAGCGGACAAAAGGAUGUUUAUAAAUUAAGUAAUGAUCAACUUGUACUAUAUUUUAAUAAAAAUCAAGCAGCUAUUUUCCCAAUAAACAUCGCAACUGAUUUUCGAAUUGAUAUUAUAAGAUAUUUUGGACCAAAUCAAGUUUCUUUAUUAGGUGUUAAACAUAUUGAAAGAGGAUAUUCUGAAAAAUUGAAAAAAAGUUUAUUUGAUAAAUUACCAGAUAAUCCAUUACCUGGAAUUGCUGAUACUUUCCAAAAUGAAUUUGGUUAUAUUUUGGGAAAAGAUUUAAAUAAAUCUGAUUCUAAAAAUGUUGAUGAAAUUUCAAAUGAAUCAUCCACUGCUGAUAAUGAAAUUGAUGAUAAACAUAUGCAACAAUAUCUUGAAAAAGAUUAUGAUUUAGAAACCUCAGUAACUAAAUCAAAUAGAGAAAUCGAUCAUUUGAUUUUAUGUGUUCAUGGAAUUGGACAAGUUUUGGGGAGUAAAUAUGAAUCAGUUAAUUUUACUCACAAUAUAAAUGUUUUAAGAAAUACAAUGAAAAAAGUCUUUGAAGAAAAUGAUGAUUAUAAAAAGCUAGCCUACCCAAAUGGUAAACAAGAUGAGCAUAAUAAUAGAAUUCAAGUAUUACCAAUAUCUUGGAGACAUAGAGUUGAUUUUCGACCACAAAUGACAAAAAAGGAAAAUAAGGAUUCAAGAUUACCUACGUUAUCUCAAAUAAAUGUCGACGGUAUAAAAGCUUUAAGAAAUAUAUUUGGUGAUGUUGUAUUGGAUGUUUUGUUAUAUUAUCAGCCAAAUUAUUUACAACAAAUUUUCACUGCUGUUAUAUCUGAGACCAAUAGAGUUUAUAAAUUAUUCAAGGAAAAAAACCCAAAUUUUAAUGGUAAAGUUCAUAUUUUGGGUCAUUCAUUAGGUUCAGCCAUUUCAUUUGAUAUUUUAUCUGGUCAAAGUGGAACAAUAACAGGAGAAAUUGAUGUUGAAAAAGAUCUUGCAUUUGAUGUUGAAAAUUUAUUUCUUCUUGGUUCUCCAGUAGGUAUGUUCAAAUUAUUAGAAGGUAAAAAUAUUGAAGCAAGAUCUCAACAAGAUAAAAAUUAUCAACCAAAUAAAGAGUCUAAUAUUGUUUCACCAAAAUGUCAAAACUUAUAUAAUUUAUUCCAUCCAUGUGAUCCAAUUGCUUAUAGAGUAGAACCAUUAGUAGCACCUAAAUUUGGAGAUUUUAAAGCUGUACCCGUUGAGUUUGCAGUUAAAGGAUUAAAUAGUCAAAUUAAAGAUUUGGCUAAUUUAGGUGAUGAUAUAUCUGAAAAAAUAUCAUCUGCUGUAAAAUGGUUAAGUUUAACUCAAAAACAACCACCAAACAAAGAAUCAAAAUCAAUAGAAGAGAAAGCUCAAAAUGAAAAUGCAUUAGGUGAUAUAAUAUCUAGUGUUAUAAAACCGGAUGGAGAAUCAGAACAAAAUGAUGAUGUCGAACCUCACGAAAGAAAAUUAACUUCAAAAGAAUUAGUCACAUUAACAGCAUUAAACGAUUCCGGUAGAAUUGACUAUAGUUUACCAAUGGGUGUACUAGAUAUAUCCUUAGUUUCUGCAGUCAGUGCACAUAUAUCAUAUUAUGAAGAUGAAAAUACUGCUGGAUUUAUAAUGAAAGAAGUAUUAUCUAAAAAUCAAAAACCUGUUACUGAAACAGUAACGUUAUAUUGA